GUUUGGACUGACAGGCUUUGAUUAGUGGAGUUGUUUGUACCGAAUGUUGCUAUCAACUUGGUGGACUUCUGAGUGUUGAAAACUGAACUCAAAACAGGAGAACUGAAAUUGCAAGAAGCACGUUCAAAAAGUUUACUUCUGACGAAGACAACCAAGAUGAGGUCAAUCCUAAUCAUGCUGUUGGUCAUCAAUGGAAUGAGCUGUGUGUGCAGUGUAAAUGUGUCAGUGAGUGGGGACGAAGGGGGGGCUGUGGCCAUCCACUGUCCAUAUGAGAAAGAUUAUGCCAACAACCGGAAGUACCUUCAGAAGGCCCAAAGUAGUAUUAGUAGUAGUAGUAGUCAUACUAGUAGUAGCGUCAGUAAAUUGAUCCAGUCUGAGGGUGAAGAUGAGCGCAUCAACAGUGGGAGAGUAUCGCUGCAGGACCAGAAGAGAAACAACACCUUCACUGUCACCAUCCAUAACCUGACCGUGGAGGACGCUGGGAUAUAUGCAUGUGGAGUCCAAAGAGGAUUUGAGGAUUACAUCACCAGCAAAGUGAACGUCACAGUAGUCCCCUCACCCUCCCAUGUUGCGACAUCCGACACCCCGUCUGCUCUGACGACAGUGGCCUACUCUGCGAACGUCAACAACACCCAGACAGCAGAUAUUUCAGGUGAGGGUGAAGGUGUGUCCUUAUGGCUUGUUGCGGCUCUUGUUGGCCUGGGCCUGCUGUUGGUGACUUCAACUACUGCAACUAUGGUGGGAAGGGCCAAGUGCAAAAGAGCAUCGUCUUCAUCUCUCUCAGGAAACACAAAGCAGGACGGUAAUUUGUACUCUGAGAUCCAGUACACCUCUCCACCCGCCACUCAUACGCCCAAUCAGAUUCACCGCAUGCCCGGCUCAGCCAAUCAACAUCCGUCGGCUACAUCCAACUUUUACUCCUUAUCGACCAUUCCAGUGGCAACUUUUCACUCAGGUGGUUGCUCAAUAGCCAAUCAGGGCAGCGAGUUUAAAAGUACAACCAAUCAGAAUGAACCACAAAGCAGCUCAGAACUUAAUGCCCUGGUCACCCCUCCUCAGUCCAGCCUAUCCAAUGAGAACAUCUACUCCUUAUUGUCCAAUCCAAUGGAAGCAAAUCUAUCCUCAGUAUCCAAUAAAAAUUAUGAAUCUAGUGAUACACCCAAUGAGAGCUCAGUUCUUUCAGACAUCUACACUCUGGCCACACCGAUAACUCUUAAGGGAGGGCAUCCUAUUGGUCUACAAUCAGCCAAUCACAUUCCUCAAUCCAGCUCGGCAUCUAUUCUUUAGCAUCCAGGAGG